AUGCCGUCCAAGAAAAAGGCCAAUACGCAGGUCAACGCCGCGAAGCCUCAACCAUUACACGACUCUCCGAAAAGUGCGCCUGUUCCUCCGCAGCCACAACCCCAAAACGACUCCCUUCCAAUAUCAAGCUCGGCUGUAAAUGGAGAAAUUUCAGCAACAAAGCAGGACUCGGAUUCGAAGACCGGUGACACAACAGAGUCUGCUGGAGAGCCUGCAUCCACUCCUGCAGUAAAUCGAAAAAAACAGAAGAGACGGGAGAAAGAGGCUGCAAGACGAGCUCCGGAGCAGAAAUCGCCAAAUGGGACUGACCACCCCGACUCAAAGCAGAACGGCCAGCUACCUCCCGUAAAGCAGGGUCGCGGACCGGUUAAGGGGUAUUUUACUGAAGAGGCGGAUUAUGCUGAUCCCGCGCACCAGUCUUAUCCAGACCUUGGAAGCCCCGAAGAAGCCUUCUACAGUGGCGAUGAAGACCCAACAUAUGGUGAGGAGGCAGACGCGGUUCCGGAUAGCUCAUGGCUCAGUACAAGCAAGCGGAAGAAGGCGAUGAAUACCAAGAACCACGUUGCCGACUCCGACCUGUCGAGGGCUUCGACCAUGCUCUCGAGAUCCCAUAUCCCACCCUUGUCGAAUGCGGCCAUACGAGCCUCGCACAAACUGUCCAGCGAACAGAUUUGGAACACUUCCACGCAAGCGGAGCGAGAAAACAUCAAGCAAUUCUGGCUGGAACUGGGGGAAGAGGAGCGAAGGUCUCUGGUCAAGGUGGAGAAGGAGGCGGUCCUGCGCAAGAUGAAGGAGCAGCAAAAGCACUCAUGCAGCUGUUCAGUAUGUGGUCGAAAGCGGACAGCGAUUGAGGAAGAACUUGAGGUUCUGUAUGACGCCUACUACGAAGAACUGGAACAGUUCGCCAACCAUAAUACGGACCUUUCCAACGUCCCGCAAAUGAUGGCGCCUCCGCGGCCGCCGUACAAACACGUCGCACACACUAUGGCAGGCUCAUAUCCUUCCCGAGGUCGUGUACACGAGAUCGACGAGGACGAUGAAGAUCUCGAUGAUGAUGAAGAGUACGAUGAGGAAGACGAGGAAGCAUACAGUGAAGAUGAGGAAGAGCUUGAGAGCCACGGCCUUCCACCGGGCCCCCCCGACUUCUUCCAAUUCGGCAAUAGCUUAACAGUCAAAGAUGGCAUACUCACAGUCGCCGACGACCUGCUGAAGAAUGACGGGAAGCAUUUCAUUGAUAUGAUGGAACAACUGGCGGAGAGACGCAUGCAACGUGAGGAAGAAAUUCGUUACCCUUCUUCUUCAUUAGCUCAUCGUGGUAUCCAUGAAGGUCACAAUCAUCCUCCGAUAGACGACGAUGAUGAUUAUGACGACGAGGAGGACGAUGAUGACUAUGACAGUCAGGAAGAAGAUGACUACGAGGGCGACGAAAUGGAUUCCAUGACCGAAGAACAACGGAUGGAAGAAGGCCGCCGGAUGUUCCAGAUCUUUGCUGCUCGAAUGUUUGAACAGCGUGUCUUGACAGCUUAUCGGGAGAAGGUAGCGGAAGAACGCCAGAAGAAGUUACUUGAAGAGCUCGAUGAAGAAAGCCGUCUUGAUACGCAGCGCGAAGCCAAGAAGGCCAAGGAAGCCGCCAAGCGAAAGGAGAAGAAGCGUCUACAGAAACUUGCCAAAGAUGAGGAGAAGGCUAGAAAAGAGGCCGAGAAAGCGGCUCAAGAAGCAGCGGCAAGAGCGGCGGAAGAGAAGAAGCUAGAAGAGCAGCGCCAACGAAGAGAAGAGCAGCGGAAGAAGCGUGAGGCUGAAAAGAAAGCUGCCGAAGAGGAACGCCUGCGCAAGGAAGCCGAGAAGCAGCGAAAACAGCAGGAACAGCGCGAACGGCAGGCCGAAGUAGAACGCAAACAGCGCGAGGCAAAGGAGCGAGAACGGCAAAAACGCGAAGAGGCGAAGAAGAAGGAGCGCGAAGAACGAGAAGCGAAGGAGAAAGAGGCGAAGGAGCGAAAAGCCAAAGAGGACAGGGAGAAGAAGGCCAAAGAAGAGCAGGUCACAAAGGAGAAAGAAGCAGCUGUGAAAGCGGACAAGGAGCCCAAGGAUCGCAUCGGUCUACCCACCGCCACGAAGCCGCAACCUGUGGCUCUGCCGCCGGGCCUUCAUCCUCCGUCUCGAGGUUCAAGUAUACAGUCGCCUCACCUGCAAGUCGCUACUCCGAUCGUGCCUCCGAAAGUCCCUACCCCAGCUCGCAGCCAACAAUCAUCGCAGCCAGGGCAGCAGUCACAUGCAUCGUCUCCAAGAUCUCAGAAGGCCAGCACUGAUAUAUCGCGAAGCUCUGCGUCUCCUGCGACUGUGGCCAUACCACAGACUCCCGGCCCUGGGCAUCCGGCCAAGACGCAAGGCCAACCUCCUGUUCUUCACCAUCCACAGCCGUCCGCUCCGAGAUCUCCGCUGAGCAACCAUGGGCGUGGUCAAUAUCCGUUCAACGUGAAUGGACUGCCAGGGCUAGGUGUCAAUGGUCCGCCCAUAGGUGGUCAGGGCAUGGUACCGAACAUGAUGCCUCCGAUGCCAAUGUACCAAGGUCCCCCAAUGGGUAGUGGUCAGCCACGGUUCGUACCGAAUGGGAUGCAAUACCCGCCAGGUUUUCCGAGAGCAUUCCAACCCGGUCAGCAAAUGCCGUUUGUCCCGCAAUCUCAGAAUCAAGCGCCACCGCCUCCUAUGGCCAAUCCGCCACCGGUCUCGAAACCGCCACUACAUUCCAGACAAGCAUCUCACGACAGCGGCGCGCAACCAGCUCCGAUUGCCCGACCAGGACCAAUUGCUAGACCAUCCAGCACGACACCAGACAAACAGAAGCCCAUAAAGCCGAGGGAGUCUGAGGUUGAACAGCUAACAGCCCAGCUUGGUAGCAAGGCACUGUUGGACGACUCGGACGAACCUUUCCUGGAAACCUCUGAUCCUCGAAUGAUUCUUCCUCCCUUGGGUCCUCCGGGCUCUACACGCAUGUCAUUUGCGAGUAGUUUCACCGAGCCAAAGCAGGAGUCAUUCGGGUUGGGGAGCCCCGGCUGGGGUAGUUUCAAUCCUGGCCUCAACGCUGCACCAGGCUGGGCGCCCCCUGCACCACACCGGGUGAGUAACGGUUGGUCGCAGCCUCCAUUUGGCGCCAAUGGCCUUCCUGUUGCGAGAUCACAUCUUCCUCGACCGGUAGCUGUGCGGAUCAUGCUCGUUCAGGCCUGUCGCCAUUUGUCGCAGGUCCCCGGGGCCAGCGCCGACGGUUAUCACCCUGUCCAGGCCGUUCUUCGGCAACUCGAAGCCCUGAAAGCACCCGGAGAACCUCCUGUUUCCAUGGACGAGAUGCUGGGGAUCUGUGAUACCGAGGGCAACUCCCAGAACGGCGGAGGCUCGUUUGAGGUGAUCAUUGACAAAGCACGAGGGCAGGUGAUCAAAUUCGUCGAGGACACUCCAGGUCAACCAAGAGGCAGUGUGGGCGAAAUUGGCAGUCCCGUUCUCGGACACAGCCAGCAUGUCCAGACCAGUCCCUUCGGUGGCAUUGGCCCUAACAGCUUCGGCCCACCGGGCAGGAGUUUCUAG